UGUGUGUGUGUGGGGUCGGCAGCAGUGUGAACAGUGUUGCAGAAUGUUUGGAAAACUUUUCAUCUCGCUGUUUCUCCUCUUUAUUUUCUACAAUGACCCUGCUGGCGCACAGAAGAAGAAAGAGACUCUGAUGUCAGAGAAGGUGACUCAGAUGAUGGAGUGGGCCUCCAAGCGUUCAGUGAUCCGGAUGAAUGGAGAGAAGUUCCGUCGCUUUGUAAAGGCUCCUCCCAGGAACUACUCGGUGGUCAUCAUGUUCACGGCACUGCAGCCACAGAGACAGUGUGGGGUCUGCAAACAAGCUGAUGAGGAGUUCCAGGUGCUAGCUAACGCCUGGCGUUAUUCCUCUGCCUUCACUAACAAAGUCUUCUUUGCGGCUGUCGACUUUGAUGAAGGAUCAGAUGUCUUUCAGAUGCUUAGUAUGAAUUCUGCUCCGACCUUCCUCCACUUCCCAGCCAAAGGGAAACCUCGUAAGACGGAUACCUAUGAGCUGCAGGUCAGAGGCUUUGCGGCUGAGCAGCUGGCCAGGUGGGUGGCAGACAGGACUGAUGUGCAGAUCCGUGUCAUUCGUCCUCCCAACUACGCAGGGCCUCUGCUGCUGGGCUUCCUCCUGGCUGUGAUCGGAGGGCUGGCGUAUUUGAGAAGACACAAUUUGGAGUUUCUCUUCAACAAGAAUGUCUGGGCCUUCUCUGCACUGUGCUUUGUUCUGAUCAUGACUUCAGGCCAGAUGUGGAACCACAUCAGAGGACCACCUUAUGCACACAAGAACCCCAGCACCGGUCAAGUGAGCUACAUCCACGGCAGCAGUCAGGCCCAGUUUGUGGCUGAGACGCACAUCGUCCUCCUCUUCAAUGCUGCUGUUACCAUGGGAAUGGUGCUGCUGUGUGAGGCCGCUACCUCUGACAUUGACAUUGGAAAGAGGAAGAUCAUGUGUGUAGCAGGUAUUGGUCUGGUGAUGCUGUUCUUCAGCUGGCUGCUGUCCGUCUUCAGAGCAAAGUACCAUGGAUACCCAUACAGCUUCCUGAUGAGUUAAUGCUGACCAGCAUCCUCCAGCUUCACAGCAAGUAUGAACAGGAAGCUCCCCAAAGUGCUGUCAGCCAGCAGGGUGCUGCCCACGACAACGCCACAUUUCUCUUUGCUUCGUCUUCUAAUCUGUUGAGCCAAACGUGUGUGUCAGCGCGCACACACACACACACACACACACACACACACACUGUGCCUUCCAUUACAAAGACUCAGAAAGCAAUUCAAUUGCCAACAACAGAGCCAUCACCAGUGUGCAUUGUAAACUGUCUUGUGCCAAAAGGUGUUUUCUACAUGAGAACUUUGGAAUGUUCUUCUAGUCCAGCUGCUACGGGACACACAUCUGUAUCUUUCUGCGUGAGGCAGAGAUGGGCUCUGUUCUGUUUGUUUGUGAGUGGCUGAAGUUCAACCAGCAUAUGAUAUUCAUGCUGUAGCCAACUGUAUUUCGCUCAUCCAGGGUUUCAUUUUGGUAACAUCUUAUACGGGUCUUGUAAUAUCCUAACGAAGUUUUCUGGCACUAAAUGUAGGGAAAAUAUAUAUAAACAGUACACAAAAUCACUAUCUACUCAUUUAUUGAACUUUUCAAGACUCAACCAAUCUAAAGAGGGCCUAUAAGUAAAGGAGGUGGAGUUCAGAAGCAACUGUUGAUUGACACAAUUAAACAUGUAUUUAUUACUGGAAA